AUGGAUGCUAUAUUAGGAUUUCGCCUGUCUCGAAUCAUCUCUGAAGGGCCGAAUUCAGAACUGAACAAAACCGAGAAUUCUCAGCCUGCUAUAAUGGCAACGUCGAUUUUAAUUCUUCGUAUUUUGGAAGAGGAGUUCGGCUUCGACUCAAAAUCGCGAGUGGAUGUUACCCUUGGACAUAGUUUAGGCGAGUUUUCUGCUCUAGUUGCUGGGGGUUAUCUUGGUUUUAGCAACGCCCUCCAGAUCGUUCGACGACGCGCCGAGAUUAUGGCCCAAUGCACUCGUCACGCAUCUGAACAAUCUGGUGAGAGUUAUGGUAUGGUUGCAUUGAUUUGUGAACCUGAUCAUCUAGACGAGCUACUCAUGACUAUUCGUGAAUUUAUUGGCCUUGUGCCGCCUGGCGUGAUGGAUGAUUCGAGCAACGGGAUUCCGCCGAUCGAGCAUGUGAUGAUUGCAAAUAUAAACUCCAGUAAUCAGAUAGUACUGAGUGGCAGCAUUGAAAGGAUAAAGGCUCUUCUCGUUCAGCUUCGCCAAUUUGGAGGGCACGAUCCGCGUGCUGUGAGAUUGAACAGCGAGAGCCCGUUCCACAGCCCCAUCAUGGCGCCUGCUGCAGAUUACAUGAAAUGUACACUUGAUAACACGAACAUCAACUUUCCAACACAAAUACCAUGUAUAUCGAACGUUUCUGGCCGGCCCUUCGACUCCAAGGGGCAAUUAAAGAUGCUGUUGUCGCAACAGUGCGUUCGUACAGUGAGAUGGUGGGACAGUAUCCGGUUUUUGGAUCAAGAGAAAGGAGUAAAGCGAUGGAUAGGCAUAGGCCCCGGCAAAGUUGGUAGAAACUUGGUAGGGAAGGGAGUAGGUAAGGUUAUGACAAAAGGAGGUGGUGUUUGGGCUAUUUAUGAUCCUCGAGAGCUUGAGAGCAUCAUAAACGCAUUGGAACAGACAGAAUUCCAUGUUUUAGGUCAUUAA